AUAAAUGAAAAAAUAAAAAAACAACAGAACGAAAACGAAUUCACAAACCAAGAAAGAAGAAAGAAAAGCAAAUAGGCUCGCCGGCGCCCUGGCCGCGACGAGCAGGUGUGAAUGGCGCCAGUGUGGGAUCGGCUUCGAAAUGGGAAGGAUUUGUCACGUCAUAUGCUUGGUGUUUGCGGCGGUGUGGGCGGGGCCAGUUACGGGUCAAGGGGACCUAUUGGCUCUCGAGAGCUCAGUGGGCGGGGCCAUGUCCGUAGUCCCGCCUCCUGAUGGCGUGGACACCAACAUGUUGAUGCCCGAACACCGAGGGGAAAGGAUGCCAGGAGCGAACAUUCGGAGACAGUUUGAUGUUCAGCAACCGGCUCGGCCUCCUUCCUCGCCUGCAAGAAGCCCUCUGACUGGCUUAGCCCAACAAGCCGGCGAAUACAUGAGGCGAAUCAGCGACUACUUCUACUGGUUCCUCUCUGGCAGUCCACCAAUCACACGCAAGAAGACAAGUGUCCGGUAUCAACGGCGACCAGUCAGGACCCAGCAACAGUAUGAGAAAGCACCAAUCAGACGCCAGUACAACCAGAGGAGACAGCCAAUGAGAAGGAAGCAACAGCGCCAAACCAAUAGCCAGCCUGCUUACAUUCGAGGCCGGAAAGUCGAGGAACAAAACAGCAUGGAGUCUCACUUCCCGUAGGAGAGGGAAGAA